AUGACCAUGUUGAUGUCCUCGUGGUCGGCUUGGACCCCCAGCAUAAUGGUUUUUAGGGUCAGCAUUCUGCUGCUCCCCUUCGCUUUCGUGGCCGCAGGCGCACCAGGACUUAGCCACGACCGUGGAAACGCUCCCCUUGUUCCUCUUGUUCUGCGUCCUCAGCUUUCAUCUGCACGCGAGGACGUAGUAGGUGAAAUUAUAUUACCUGAUGAUUUAGAUUUGGACGACUGGAAAAGACGUCAUGCUCUUCUCCAUGCUUCUCGUUGGCUGACUCCUGAUGCACAAGAAGCAGCGAAGAGUACGAUGCGUAAAGAAGUGGCAGGCACGACCAGAAGUUUCAAUGGCAUGGUGAUUACAUCUACGUCCGAACUUCCCGAGUCGCUCCGUGAAGCAAUCCUGAAAGCGGCGAACAAGAGACAGAACAAAACCAGCACUUCUGAGGAUACGACCGUUGUAAAAGUAGACAAUCUCUUCAAUCUUGCUUCUACAACCUCAACGCCCAUGAUCACUUCAUCAGCGCCUGUACCUGUGACUUCAACGCCUAUCGCUACCUCAGAAGACGAUGAGGUUUUUAGGGAAAUGAACAGCGGUUGCUGGAAAUUAGCUGAGUCCUCGGAACGAACAAUGUCAAUAGAAGGAGUUGUGCCUCCCAAUGGUCUCCAUCAUCAACCUGAACAAGUGUCAGCUUCCGACAACGACGAUUCUUCCUUCGAAAUUUGUUCUACCCAAAACAGUUUUUCUACGAAGCUGUCCACUGUUGACGCGGUUGACCCAGAGGAAGUUGAUGGUCGUGGAGGACAUGAAGAUCCCAUCGCUGAUGCCUCAACAGACGAGUUGGAAGCUCUUAGUCUUACCAGUGUACAAAAAGAAAAGCAAGAAGAAGUUGAAGAAGAUUUUGAACCACAUGAAAGUUCGUCUGUCGUGGAUGCGGAACAAACCGCAGUUUCCAGUGAAGAACUCGAUGAAGAAUCAGCUCCACCACAAGACGCUACUAGUAAACAAGGAGCUUUACUAUCUGUGACGAUGGAAUCUGAACCUGAAGAUCAAGAUGAAGAUUAUGAAGUUGAAGCAUCAAGGAGAACGUCUAGUUCGUCUCAGCUCGUCCUUUUUCCCCGUACAGGGACGAGUCCAACUACCGGAAAUCAUGUGGACUCUGCGUCUGCACAAGACCAGAAGGCUGGUUCUACACAUCUUCGGACUAAAACUGGCGAGCGCAGCACAUCUUCUGCUCGACCCCGUCGGUCUCCGUUUCUGGCGUUUGCUAGCAAGGAGACGAGGGAUUCAUCAGCGAUAUCAUCAUGCAGUGAAGCACAUCCAUAUCCAUUACAGCAUGUACUUUUUCGCUCACGUUCUUCUACAUGCAGCACAGAAUAUUUCAAUCAGUUGGAAGAAGAGGCUGCUGCAACUGAUUUCAACGAAGACGAUGGGAGAAUAAAUGAGGACACAGCAUUAGCGGAGCUGUAUGAAGGGAACUUUGACUUCGCGCCGUUCUAUCCCGAACAAGAUGAUACUUCUCAUAGGCACAGGAGGACGAGUUCCAGUUUAUUUCUAAAGUGAAGGUAAGAUGUAAGUACGAUGUAAGUAUCGUCUGGACGAGAACCGUCUGUAAAAAUUCUGAAAAAUUUCAUAUUUCUUGACUAAGUAAUAUCACUAUGUAUAAAUAUCUUAAUCUGUUGUGAUGUUUCGGCCACAUACGUGAAGAUCGCUUUGAUGCAAAGAGUUUUUGCAAAAUGUACUUGUGUAAGCGGAAUCAGAUUCUGAAAAAUAGCCUGUGAAAAAUUUCAAAAAUGGAGCUCUUAUGUAGUAGGAAUGAUGUCUGUAAAAUUAUACUUUUAUUCCGCGGCUAUCUCUAAACGACCUAACACUUUUUUAUCCGUCGAAUCCAUCCCUAUUCUUCAUCUUGAGAACACAAUCAAGCCUAAACUCAGCGGUUUUUUUUUGAAAUUUCACACUUGCGGAUGUUGUCAACAAAGCUAAUGUGGUGGAAAGCAAGAAAGAAGGGAUUAUGUGCGUGCGGAUAUGGUCAAAGGGU